CGAAUGUUAAUUACGGUUCAUAAUUUAGAUCGUUCCAGUAGGAAGCGAAACCGCAGUCUCGAAACCACAAAAAAUAACAGUGGUUAGAUCCAUCACCUAACAGGAUAUGGAUAGAAUGAUCAGAACUUUGUGGAAACAGUGGGAUUCAGACAGCCCAAAGGAGAAAAAAAUUGUUAUUGGAGUCAUAGCUGGAAGUUACCUUUCAUAUCGUGCAGCAAAAUUACUUCACCAUUAUUAUAAGAAAUAUGAAAACAAUCAGAAAAUUAGAAGGAAGCAGGAAGAAUGCAGAGAGUCAAAAGUAAAACUAGAGGAAUUUCUAAUGGAGAAAAAAAUUUCCAGAGAAGCUGUACAGAGAAUAGUUAGCCUUCCAUUUAAUGAUCUUCAAACAGAAUUACAAUCAGGGAAGAUAACUGCUGUAGAAGUAUUAAAUGCUUAUCAAAUAAAGGCACUGGAAGUUGAUAAACUUACAAACUGUAUCACAGAAGUAAUAUGGGAAGCUGAAGAGAUUGCUUUAAGUAGAGAUUUGAAUGCCAAUAAGAAGGGUCCACUGCAUGGUAUACCAAUAAGUCUUAAAGAAAGCUACAUGAUACCUGGUUAUGAUUGUACAGCAGGACUUGCUUUCUACUUAGAUAAACCUGCUGAUCAAGAGAAUGUUCUUGUACAGGUGUUGAAACAGGCAGGAGCAGUACCAUUUGUCAGAACUAAUAUUCCACAAGGAAUGAUGACAUAUGAAUGCUCUAAUCCAAUCCACGGGGUCACAGGCAAUCCACAUGAUCCUAAUCGUAUACCAGGAGGAUCAUCUGGAGGGGAGGCGGCAUUACUUGCAGGAGGAGGAUCUAUCUUAGGGUUUGGAAGUGACAUUGGAGGUAGUCUCAGAAUUCCUGCUCACAUGUGUGGAUGUUGCUCUCUGAAACCUACUGUUGGAAGGCUCAGUGAUAAAGGGCAGAAUGAUUUUGGAACUGGACAGACCUUAGUAAAUGCUACACCAGGACCGAUGGCAGCAGAAGUAGAUACCCUGGUGUCCUGUAUGAAGUGUUUACUGGUACCCAAAAUGUUCCAUCUAGAUCCAGCAGUAUCACCUGUUUCCUUCAGAAAUGAGAUAUAUGAAGAGAAACGUAAGCUAAACAUUGGGUUCUAUGUAGAUGAUGGAGGCUUGAAAUCUAAUCCAGCAUGUCAGAGAGCUGUAUUAGAGGUCAAGGCCAUGUUGGAAUCACAAGGUCACACUUUGAUUCCAUUUGAACCAGUAGAUAUUUCCAAGAUGACAGAACUGUUUAUAAAAGCCACAUUUGCUGAUGGUGGUAAAAGUUUUGUUGACAUUCUAUCAACAGACCAAAUAGAUCCAACCAUAUCUAAUACAAUUAUGGCAUUUAAAAUGCCAAAAUGGUUGUAUAAGAUAGUUGUCAUGGUUGGGAGAUUACUCACUAAGGACCAUAUGAUGACUGUAUUUGGAAAAAGUUUCCUCGGAGUGAAAUCAAUCACAGAGUACUGGGACUUAGCUUUAGAGAUUGAGGAAUAUAAAACAGAAUUUCUUAAGAAAUGGAGAGACAAUAAGUUAGAUGCUAUGAUUUGUCCAGGGUUUGCUUACACAGCUAUACCUCAUGGCACAGUGCAGUAUUUAACCAGUGGAGUGACUUAUACUAUCUUAUAUAACUUGUUGAAUUACCCUGCUGGGACUUUGACAGUAACAAAGGUGAAGCAACAAGACAUCGAUAACUUUAAAGACUAUCCUUCAAAUACAUACACAGAAAAGUUAGUUAAAGAGAACUGUAAGGACUCUGUAGGUUUACCUGUUGGUGUACAGUUUGUAGGUUUACCAUAUCAAGAAGAAUUGGUGUUAAGAUUGAUGAAAGAUGUGGAAACUAGUCUAAAAAUGAGAAAACCUUAAUUGACCGGACUUUUUUAGUUGAUUCUAAGAAUAUUUGCUCAAAUUGCUACCAAAUACUGUUCAGGGAACAAUACAAGGAAGAUGGCGUAUAAGUUAUGGAACUGUUUGUGAAAAAUGGACUUAUUUCUUGAACCUUUACCUUUUGGAAGGUUUCUUGCACUUAUAUCUUAGACUGCAGAAGAAAUGUUAUUUAUACUUAUUCUUCUUUCAUACAUAUUUUUAAUCAGAAUUGUGUUUUUAUUGAAUGAAUUCGGUAUUUUCAUCUACAUGCUCUACUUUUUUUCGAAUUUUAGAUUGGCUUCUUCACAUUAUUCAAUUUGCAUUAGAAAUGCGUUUUCAUUAAUACUAACUAAUUCCUUCAUUUUAAUUUUAAAUUUAACUGUGGUUUUGACACUUUCUAAAUUGUUAUUCAAAUUAAAUUAUAAUAUUAUUAAAUUAAUUGAUAAUGUGAAUAAGAAGCUAAUGCAUUCCGACAGUAAGGCGAAUUAGUUAAUUUGAAUUGAAUUAGAAUUACAUGUGAAAGCAUAAUAAAUAUACACUAUUAAUUUAUGUUUUUUGAUUGAGUUAAGUCUGCCAAUUGAUAUUUUAUCGUGUGUUUUUCUAUGUUGUGAUGUUAUGCUAUUAUUUCAGAAAAAGGUAGAAGGUUUGGAUCCAUUAAAACGUUUAGUCCCGCUGCAAAUGUUUGCACCUGUCCUAAGUCAGGAAACUGAUGUACAGUAGUUGUCGUUUGUUUAUGUAAUAUAUAUGUGUUUCUUGUUUCUUGUUUUUUUUAUAUAGAUAAGACCGUUGGUUUUCCCGUUUGAAUGGUUUUAAACUAGUAAUUUUUGGGCCCUUUAUAGCUUGUUGUUCUGUGUGAGCCAAGGCUCCGUGUUGAAGGACGUACAUUGACCUAUAAUGGUUUACUUUUCUUUUUUUUUUUUAAAUUGUUAUUUGGAUGGAGAGUUGUCUGACAUUGGCACUCACACCACAUCUUCCUAUAUCUAUCUACUAAUUUAUAAGUGCUGUGUUUUAUUACAGUAUUUAUUUAGAAGACUUUUUGCUUCUGGCAAUAGCCUUUAAAAAAUAUUUUACCAAAUUGCAGUUUGAAUUCAACUCUUCAAAUUUAUCAAUUGGUAAAACAAUUAAGCUCAUUGCUAAGGAAAGGUUGUUAGUUUGAAGCAAAAGUUGUGAAUUAAGAGUAACAGUUACAUUUCCUUACCUGUCAUUCAAAUUUUCAAGAUUUAUGUUUUCAAACAUGUAUCAAUUUAUGAAGUCAAAUAGAGGUAUUUUAAAGGUAGUAAUUUUUAACUUGCUAUAUAAUUGUCAAAUCUAAAGUUUUCACACUUUUCCUUUUAAAAUCUUUUCUAUAUUCCAAUGAAACAGACAUCGAAUUAUUUUUGAACAUGUAAUACUCAUUAACAUAUAUGUGUCAUAAGCAAACAUGUGUUGUCAAUAAGAUUCCAUGGGAGAUAAUCUUAUAUCUAUAUAAAUUAUCUCCCUUUAAAACUUCAUGAAAAAUUCUAGAAACAACUAUGUUUCUUUGAAGGGUUUGAAUAUUAAUUGAAACUCAACUCAAUUUAAGAAGAGAUAUUUGGAAAUUUUAAACUGGACAUUAUUAUAGCAAUUACAAAAUUACUAUAUUACCUUUCAUAUGUUUUUUUACAAUUAACAGUACUUUUUUAGAAAUACAUCAAUACGGUAAUUAUGAAAGAUGAAGAAUUGACAUUAUUUAGGUGUGAUAGAGAACAAAGAUCAAAUUUAGGUGUGACAGUACAUGUUUUAAAACACCCCAUUGCUUCAAAACCUACAACUGGAAUUUUUUGUGACUGUCAUACAAGGAAAAGGUUUAGAUAGCUAUAAAACCAGAUUUAAUCAACCAUUUUCUACAUAUGAAUUUGCCUGUAGCAAGUCAGGAAUCUCUGUUUGAGUUUUCUUCAGAGUUUAGUAUUUUUGAUAUUUUACUUUUUGCUACCUAUAAGUAUAAGUUAUCCUAUUUUACCAGUUGAUCAGUUGGAAAGAUGAAUUCAAACUGCAAUUUUGGAAAAACUGCUGACAAUCAAUAUUAUUAAAGGAUAAGCACUGAUGUAAAAAGCAUCCUUCCUGAAAUGUUUAAAUGGUACAUAUCAAUUGUAAUGUUGUGUUUUUAGUACAGUAUUGAUAUUUUGAUUCAUUUUAGAGUUACAUAAAAUUGAAACAAGAUGAAUAUAUAUUCAGUAAUUAAAUCUUUCUUCAAAAGUAGAAAUAUAUAAUUAUAAUGAUCUGGUUACCUUUAUUAAUAAUUAAUGUAGGCAGAAUAAUACUUGCAAGCAAUGAUUACCUUUAAAAUUAUUUGGGAAAUAGCAUACUACGUUGAUAAAUUUGAAUUUAAGAUUGAGAACUAUUUAAUGACAUGUGUAAAAAUUCAGACAUUUAUAUUUGAUAUAUAACGGAUUUCACUUGUCUUCUGCAUCUAUCUCCAGAUAGACAUACUCUAUAAAUUUGAUAUGUUUUGUUAUAGAAAUAUUACUCAUUUUGACAUCUAUUGUUGGUGAUUUUUAUACUAUUGUUGAUUUUAAUGUAAAAUCUAUAAUAAUUGUUUUAGUGCCAUAAAAAGUCCAAAAAUAUUGUGAUUUAC